UAGUGCUCCAGCUUUCCGACUCCUGAAGAGACACGGGCGCCUGUGAUCCGUCAACCACCCGAGCAUCUCCAGCAUCCAAACGCAGUUUCUAACCAGAACAGUCAUCUGACUCAUCGUUUAAGUGGUAUACAAUACCAGAAAGCUUCUUUCCCGUCACAUCGACUGAUAUUGCAAAACUUUAAAUGCUCUUCUUAUGGCUGUCUGAAAGCUUCUUAUAACUGCUAACUGAAGCUUAUAUGAAACAUUUCUGUCUGACAUCUCUCGGAGUCGUCUCUCUUUAAAAAAAUCUCGGGGAUUGUGAGACUUCUAUGUCGGCGAUGUUGUUUUCCAUCUUAAUCGAUACCUGAGACCAGGGGUCAAGAGUUAAGAAUUUGUAGCCUAUUUGGUGUGGAUCGUUUGAAGAUAAUUAAAACAGAUCAAACUUUUAUCACAUAUGACACGGAUUAUUAAAGAUGAGACGCUUAUUUUGACGAUCACAGUGGGAUAAAGUACAGCGCAUCAUCACCGCACCUUCAGGAUGUUCCGGCGAGGCUGUGGUCUGGAGUUUCUCCUGGUGCUGUGUGGUUUAGAGUUGACCCAGGCGUGUCCCCGUGACUGCAUCUGCUACGACUCUCCCAGCACAGUGAGCUGCCAGGCUCACAACUUCCUGGUGGUUCCAGAGGAAAUCCCAGCCCAGAGCGAGCGCGUCUUUCUGCAAAACAACAAGAUCCAGCGACUACUGCAGGGUCAUUUCAGCCCCACCACCGUCAUGCUUUGGCUCUACUCCAACAAUAUCUCAUACAUACAGCCCUCCACAUUCAUGGGCUUCACCCGCCUGGAGGAGCUCGAUCUGGGGGACAACAAACACCUCCGCUCUCUGGCAUCUGACACUUUUCAGGGACUGACCCGACUCCAUGCUCUGCACCUCUACCACUGUGGCCUAAUCACUCUGCCUGCUGGCUUAUUUGAGGGGCUGCACAACCUGCAGUACCUCUAUUUACAGAACAACCAGCUGGAGUUUCUUGAGGAUGACAUGUUCAUUGAUCUUCUGAAUCUGAGCCAUUUAUUUCUGCAUGGAAAUCGGCUGUGGAGCCUCCACCAGAACACUUUCCGUGGCCUGGGGGCCCUUGAUCGCUUGCUGCUCCAUCAAAACCGGCUCCAGUGGGUUCACAAACAGGCUUUCCAUGACCUGCGCCGCCUGACGACUCUCUACCUGUUUAACAACUCUUUACCUGAACUUCCGGCCGAAAGCUUGGCUCAGCUGCCAGCGCUGGAGUACCUGCGGCUCAACGACAACCCUUGGGAGUGCGACUGCAAGGCUGUGCCGCUCUGGGAUUGGCUGCGGCGCUUCCGUGGCUCCACCUCCUCAUUAAUAUGCAUGGCUCCACCGGAGCUGACGGGAAAGGACCUGAAACGGUUGACAAAAGAAGAGCUGCCCUCCUGUACAGGCUCGGAGUCACUCCACCAGAGCAAAUCCAGCCAGGGGGACGUGGGGGUGUCACUGAAGAAAGAUCAUCAUCAUCGAUCGCGCAAUCAUCAUCAUCAUCCUCACCUGCCACAUCAGGAUCAAUACUACCCCACCUCCCCGUCAUCACUUCCUCGAACGCCCAAGUCGGGACGCAACAGGAACUGCACAAGGCAUCGAAGCCGCAAGGGCAAUGCUCAGAACGAGGUGUAUAACCUAAAGGAGUUAGCCAACAAGGAAUCGGACGACAAUUAUGACCCAUCAAAACCAAGACGAAAGAACAAAUGCAUCCCACAGACUUCGGUGGGUCCACCUAGUGGCGUGCAAAGAGUGAACAGCAGGGCGGCGUCUCUCUUGGCACCUUGUUUCAUCAUCCCUCUUUGCUUAUUGGUGUGUCUCACUGCCUUUAUUUUCCGCUGAGCCUUGUGGAAGCAUCUACUAAUGGUUUUACCGAACAAACUCAGCCCUCUGUCUACUCUGGCUCCUACACUUCUGUGUGAAUGUGUGUGUGUGUGUGUGUGUGUGUGUGUGUGUGUGUGUGUGUGUGUGUGUGUGUGUGUGUGUGUGUGUGUGUGUGUCUACUCUGGCUCCUACACUUCUGUGUGAAUGUGUGUGUGUGUGUGUGUGUGUGUGUGUGUGUGUGUGUGUACGUUUGUGUGUACAUGUGAGCCCCUUUCAAAGGACAGAGGACUUGUGCGAAGUUGCAGGCCUGGAAUUUAAACCAAACCAGAGAUGGAAAGAAACUCUGGGAUUUGUGGGAGAGAGACAUGACACUAAAUGGACUACUCCUCAAUCAUCACCAUUUCCUGUUGCUCCAGGGCAUAUUCAAUAACAAAAAAUAAAUAAAUACAUUUGUUAACUACAUUAAAUUGUACAACACACCACUGCAGAAUAAUUAGGAGCUCAUUGUGGUCAAGCUCAUCACCAUUAAAACCACUGAAUCCCUGUCCCGACCUUUGACCUGCACACAGGCUGUGGCCUAGGGUGGCGGAAGAGUGUGAAAGAAAUACAUAAACCAAGCAUUUACACAAAUGUACACAGGGGCUGCUUCGCUAACCCGUUAGCAUCUCAGCGGUUUCUAUGGGAGGUUUGUUGUUAACACCUUUAGCACCUGACAACAGAAAAAUGAAAGCCAAGCACACAAGAGACCAAUUGGAUUGGUUCCGAGACUUCUUUUUUUUUUUUUUUUUUUUUUUUUUUACAUAUAAGAAAUAUAAUUGCAGUUGCAAUAUUCACACAUUAAAGCUGGUUCACACAGCCCCAACAAAUGCUAACAGGGUUGAUCCAACAAAACCAGAAGAGCUCAAAUUCUACUGUUCUAAAGCUGCUAUGCUGGCGAUGUCAGUAAAGAGAAAGUAGAUGAAGGAUUAUGGGAUGGCUUUGGGUUUGUGUGUGUUGUUAUUCGUUGAUUGUGUCCUUAAGAUAGUAUUUUGCAUAAAAACCGGAAGACAAAAGUUAUUAAGACAUGAAAAGGUCAAGUGGAGCUCAUGCAAAAAGCAUCAUGCAUUAUCUGUUGCUCAGCUGCAAUAAUGUGCUAACCUAGAAGGGAAACAACACCAACACUACAUUCAUAUCUGCAAAUGGCACAGUUUGGGAAAAUGAAACAGCAAAUUUCACAAAGGGAGAAAUACAGCUGUUCAGUCACAGAGGUCAAGUCUAACCUGGAAGGGUAAUUUGCCAUAGGUUCCCUCAGGAAGUUUUUAACAGUUUUUUAGCGAUUAUUGAUUUAAACCAUUACGGAGAAAGAAAAGCAUCUCAAACAGUUAGAUAUUCUUGACAUUAUAAAUAGCACUAAUGAAGUAAAGUGCAAACACUGUGCAUCUGUAUAUAUUGUACAUUUUUUAAACUACACAUCUGUCAUUAUUAUUCAAAAGAAUUAUAUAUGCGGUUUGUAUGUGGUAACAGUAGUUUAGUUGAUUACAGUUUACAGAAAUGAAAUGUUAUAGUUUCACAUUAUAUCUAACAGACGGAAUUUAUUAGACCAUUUAUUUCCAAACUGGGGUUUGGGGACUAGGGGACCACGACUGAGUAUGCAAUCAAAAGUUCUGAGAAGAAAAUUUAGAGAAAAAGUAAAGUAAAUAAAAAAAUAAGAUAAUGAAUAAAUAAACACGCUAUAAUGUGUAGUAAAUACUGUAUGUUAAGGGGAUGGUUCACCAAAAAUGAACAGAAAAUAAAUGCAUACAAGUUUGAAAUGACAUGAGGAGGACUAAACUUUAUUAAAGUACCAAAUAAUAACAUUAAAAGACUUGUUCUAUGAACAUAAUUUACAUAGUCACACCCACAUCAAUGAUUGUUUUAUCAAUACCUUGUAAAUAAGCUGAUAAAUAAGGACUGCAACUACAAGUAUGUGAGUUUAGAUGCUCAACAGGUCAAACAACCUCUGUAGGCCUUAUGUAGCCACUGGUUAGCAGUUUUAAAAAUAUAUAUAUAAAAAGUUAUAGAACAAAAUGUGAACACAGGCCUUAUUUUACCUAUAAAUCAGAAACUACUUUCUAAAAACCCAUUAGAAACUCCAGAGGGAACCCAUUGUCCAAAAAUGCCAAUUCUCGUCCAGGUUUUUGUGAAACGGUCCAUAUAAAAAGUCAACACAAGUUCUGAGGUAAUAAUCCUUGCAAGCCAUAAAAAAAAUAAAAAAAUAAAACUUGUCUGUCACUUUCUGUCUCUGACCCCUGCUGCUGUGGAGCCAUCAAACAUAUGUCUGUAUUGGGAUCCUAAAGCUGAGUUAUAUUGUCAAUGGAAAAAGUCACAGAGCCCCCUUCUGGACAGGUGGGGUAAUAGCACUUCCACCAACUCUACCUUGUCCUUCCUCAAAGACUCUCUACCUUUAUUCAAAAGUGAACUGAGAAUAUUAUGACAUGUCCAAUGUGAACAUUUAUUUUGUUUGAGAAUAUAUGUCACUUAUUGACAAAAGACUAUGUGUAUGACAUUGUUGAGGGAAGGAGGAAGUUAUUUUGUAUUCAUGUACUUUUUCUUUGUACACUGUCGUCAAAUUGCAAUUUUAAACAUACAAGUGCACCAUACUAACAACCUUCCUCGUAUUCCUUGGUCUGUCCUUCAUCUUUCUUCCUCCCUUUUUCAUAACUCAAACUUUCUGUCUGUUAUGAAAUACCACCAGACUCAAAAGCUGUUUCUAAAGAACAUUAAAGAUGCUGAUGGUU